GAAAGACGGAAUUUAAUUUCCUCAAAUGUAGUGAGCAGUUGAGUUCAGGACAAGACAUACUUUGUGGUGAUACAUCUGGGGCCUUAUUUCCACUUUGUAAUUCCAGCGAAUCGACUUCCCAUCGGGUGAGUUUCCUUUAAAUAUAACUUUCUUCACAUUGCCAAUCCAUUUCUCUAUAUUCAUAGGAAAAUAUAUAUAUUCACAGGAAAAUAUGUAAUUUUUAGAUCUCAUGAAUCAUUUUGGGAAUGUCCUAGUCAGUUAAAAAGCUAUCAUACCAUUCUUCAAAGGAGGAGUGAAGUAAGAGCAAUUGUGUGGCCCAACAUUUGUUUGCUUGUUUUUUAACGGAGCUUAGAUUUACAAAGCAAUGAGGAUGUGGUUUUAACCACAAAGUGAAAAUGUUAGACAGUGUUGACUCUCCUAAAAAGUGAAUGAGAUUUUCCCAUACAUUUUCCUUCUUGUUGCCUAAUAUACGAUGACUACUUCCUUCAGCUUGGACAUACCAUAAAUAUAAAAAUAUUAAGCAAGGAAAUUAAGCUAAACUUCAAUAUUUUUCUUCACUAAUUUAGCUGGUAUGAUCUCCAUACUCGUCUACCAUUUUAUUUCUUGUGUUAACUUCCCUUUUAUUUCAAAUAUUCCUACAAUAAGGAGUCUUCAGCUGGAUUUUUAUGUCCAUGGACCCCUUGUACGCGGUGUAUGCUGUGUGUGUGUGUGUGUGUGUGUGUGUGUGUGUGUGUGUAUGUGAUCCUUUUACUUAGAAAAAGGUCUUCCAUGCUCAUUAGAAGAUCAAAAGCAGAUUCUCCUUACUUACAAUAUAGAGUUUCAGGAUUAGACUGUUGUCAAGCUCAUUCUGUGUCCUCCAGUAAAGAAAAGACAAUGUUUUGUGUCUGUUGUUCCUCUCACACACAACCCUAAUAUAUGAUGUAUAACUGCCUUUUCUGUAGCCCUAAACUAAUAUAGCUGGAGGUCUUCUAAUCAUUUUGCUAUCUCUAGGAGAUAAAUAUAGUCUUGAGUUUUUCAAAUUUUUAGAUGAAACUGUCAAUCUGGUGUGCAUACAAAAUACCAAGGAACAUUAUAUGAGUCUUUUGCUAGGUAUCUCUAAGCAACUGCUUCAAUUAAUGGUCACUUUACAAAUUGCUGAAGGAGGGAAAGAGACCUCUUUCGAUUCUUUUUCUCUUUUUUCUUUUUCCUUUUUUUUUUUUUUUUUUUUUGAAACAAAGUCUCUAUCACUCAUGCUGUAGUGCAGCGGCACAGUGAUAGCUCACUGCAGCCUCAAACUCCUGGGCUCAAGCAAUCCUUCUGCAUCACCCUCCUGACUAGCUGGAACUCAGGCUUAUGCCACCAGACCUGGCUAAUUUUUCUAUUUUUAAUAGAAACAAUAUUUUCCUUCACAAAUUUAACUGGUAUAGUUUCCAUUGUCUACUCAGUUUUCCAUAUGCAUAAGAAAAUAUAUUCACAGAAAAAUAUAAAGUUUUCAGAUCUAAUGAAUUGUUUUAGGAAAGUUUUAGUCAGUUAAAAAACUGUUAUACCAUUCUUCAAAGGAAGGGUGAAGUAGGCUGAUCUGUGUUGCUUAGGCUCGUCUUGAAGGGAAAGAGACUUUUUUGUAUUCACAUUUAUUGUUUGACUUCUUAGGAAGCAUUAUGUAGUCAUUACUUUUUGCAGUUCUUUAGAUUAAAGUAGGUAAAGUUGACUUCAGAAUAUAUGUCUACCUUAAAAAGUGAAGUCUGCUUUAAAAUGUAAUCAUCUCUUUGGUAGAAGGGAUGAGAUGGUGCUUUGCUUUUAUUGUAUAUUCGUCUGUACCUUUCAAGUAUUCAAAUAGAAAAAUAUAAACAAUGUAAAUAAAAUAGUAAAACAAUAUAAUAUCUCAUAAAACUGCAAUGGUUAAAGCAUUUAUCCUAUUGAAAUUUCAGUUUUUAUAUGAAAACAUUAUCAAUGUGUAGUUCAAGUGGCAUUUAGAAGGAUAAUUUAACAGUAACAACUUAAGUAAACUACUAUAGAAAGCUUCUAUAUGAUUAAGUAGUUUAAACAAAAAAAAAAAAAAAACAAUUUCUGAGUCAGUCAUCUCCAGUAGGUCUAUUUUAGUCUUAAGAUAAAUUAAUUUCUUUUGACAACUGAAGUUCUUAAUUAUUUGUUAGUGUAUAUUGGAGACAUUUACAGUAAAGCUUAGAGCACAAUGGGAAAUGAAAGUAUCAUGUUAGUUUUUUGAAGACCAAAUGUAUUGCAGAAAUGUGAGUAAUCCGAUGCUACAAUCUGAUCAUUCUGAUCUAAUGUGAUCAUUUAAUAACACCAAAUAAAACAUUCAUCUCAUUCUUUGGCUGUUUCUUUUAAAAUAUGUGUUUAGGGAUAAAUCAAAUAAAUAAGCAAAUGGUAUAUUUUUUCUCAGUAAUCUAGCAGAGUAUUGCAUUGAGAAGUAAUCUGUAUCUCAGUGCAGUAACUACUUAGGACUCUAAGCGCCGCUGUUCACCUACUGGGAGAGAAAUGCAACCGAAAACACUCAGAUCUCACACCUCACAAAGACCCGCAGAUCCCACAAACUAACUGCUGGACUGCGGCGAAACCCCACCUCUGUUUGGAGGAACUCCAGGUUUCCGGAGGAUUAUCAUCUCCAUAGCUGCGGCAAGAAACUAAAUAAGAUACACGUAUGCACAGUGAAGAUUCUGAGAGGAUUCUGCUGCAAAACAAUGGCCACUUCACGGAAUCGCCCCAGACGCGGCGAGCUAAUCCUGCUGUGCGCGCUGCUGGGUACACUGUGGGAGGUCGGGAGGGGACAGAUUCGCUACUCGGUGCCAGAAGAGACAGACAAAGGCUCUUUCGUGGGUAAUAUCUCCAAGGACCUGCGGCUGGAGCCCCGGGAGCUGGCGAAGCACGGAGUCCGCAUCGUCUCCAGAGGUAGGACGCAGCUCUUUGCUCUGAACCCCCGCAGCGGCAGCUUGGUCACUUCGGGUAGGAUAGACCGGGAGGAGCUCUGCGCUCAGAGCCCGCGGUGUCUGAUAAAUAUUAACAUCCUGGUCGAGGAUAAAGGAAAACUAUUUGGGAUAGAAGUAGAAAUAAUUGAUAUUAACGAUAAUAACCCAAAAUUCCAGGUCGAAGAUCUGGAAGUAAAAAUUAAUGAAAUCGCGGUUCCUGGGACACGUUAUCCACUCCCAGAAGCUGUUGACCCAGAUGUGGGCGUGAACUCCCUCCAGAGCUACCAGCUCAGCCCCAAUCACCACUUCUCCCUGGACGUGCAGACUGGAGAUGAUGGAGCCAUAAACCCAGAGCUGGUGCUGGAGCGCACCCUGGACAGGGAGGAAGAGGCUGCUCACCACCUGGUCCUCACGGCCUCGGAUGGCGGCGAGCCUCGUCGCUCCAGCACAGUACGCAUCCAUAUGACAGUGUUGGAUACAAAUGAUAAUGCCCCGGUUUUUGCUCAACCGAUUUACCGAGUGAAAGUGCUUGAGAACGUGCCCCCAGGGACCCGGCUGCUUACUGUAACAGCCAGCGACCCAGAUGAGGGAACCAACGGAAAAGUGGCAUACAAAUUCCGGAAAAUUAAUGAAAAGCAAUCUCUGCUAUUCCAGCUUAAUGAAAAUACUGGGGAAAUAUCAAUAGCAAAAAGCCUAGAUUAUGAAGAAUGUUCGUUUUAUGAAAUGGAAAUACAAGCCGAAGAUGUGGGGGCACUUCUUGGGAGGACCAAAUUGCUCAUUUCUGUGGAAGAUGUAAAUGACAAUAGACCAGAAGUGAUCAUUACGUCUUUGUUUAGCCCAGUGUUAGAAAAUUCUCUUCCUGGGACAGUAGUUGCCUUCUUGAGUGUGCAUGAUCGAGACUCUGGAAAGAAUGGUCACAUUGUCUGUUACACACGUGAUAAUUUACCUUUUAAAUUAGAAAAGUCAAUAGAUAAUUAUUAUAGGUUAGUAACAUGGAAAUAUUUGGACAGAGAAAAUGUCUCUAUCUACAAUAUCACAGUGAUGGCUUCAGAUCUAGGAACACCGCCUCUGUCCACUGAAACUCACAUCACCCUGCACGUGGCAGACAUUAACGACAACCCUCCUACUUUCCCUCAUGCCUCCUACUCAGCCUAUAUCCUAGAGAACAACCUGAGAGGAGCCUCCAUCUUCUCCUUGACUGCACACGAUCCCGACAGCCAGGAGAAUGCCCAAGUCACUUACUCUGUAAUGGAGAACACGCUGCAGGGGGCACCUCUGUCCUCCUACAUCUCCAUCAACUCUGACACCGGUGUCCUGUAUGCACUGCAAUCUUUCGACUAUGAGCAGAUCAGAGACCUUCAGCUACUGGUGACAGCCAGCGACAGCGGGGACCCGCCCCUCAGCAGCAACGUGUCACUGAGCCUGUUCGUGCUGGACCAGAACGACAAUACGCCCGAGAUCCUGUACCCCGCCCUCCCCACAGACGAUUCCACCGGGGUGGAGCUGGCGCCCCGCUCCGCAGAGCCCGGCUACCUGGUGACCAAGGUGGUGGCGGUGGAUAGAGACUCGGGCCAGAACGCCUGGCUGUCCUACCGCCUGCUCAAGGCCAGCGAGCCUGGACUCUUCACGGUGGGGCUGCACACGGGCGAGGUGCGCACGGCGCGGGCCCUACUGGAUAGAGACGCGCUCAAACAGAGCCUCGUGGUGGCCGUCCAGGACCAUGGCCAGCCCCCUCUCUCGGCCACUGUCACGCUCACCGUGGCUGUGGCCGACAGCAUCCCCGAAGUCCUGGCCGAGCUGGGCAAUCUGAAGCCAUCGGUGGACCCGGACGAUUCGGGCCUCACACUCUAUCUCGUGGUGGCGGUGGCUGCAGUCUCCUGUGUCUUCCUCGCCUUUGUUGUUGUGCUUCUGGGGCUCAGGCUGAGGCGCUGGCACAAGUCACGCCUGCUCCAGGAUUCCGGUGGCAGAUUGGCGGGUGUGCCUGCCUCACAUUUAGUGGGUGUUGAGGAGGUACAGGCUUUUCUGCAGACCUAUUCCCACGAAGUCUCCCUCACCACAGACUCGCGGAAGAGUCACCUGAUCUUUCCCCAGCCCAACUAUGCAGACACUCUCAUCAGUCAGGAGAGCUGUGAGAAAAAUGAUUCUUUAUUAACAUCCAUAGAUUUUCAUGAAUGUAAGAAUGAAGCUGAUCAUGGUCAGGUGAGUUUAGUUUUUUGCUUGCUUUUAAUUUCCAGAUGA